UCGUUAGGUCUCGGACCAGUGACUUCCGGCCUCGGGAGGCGGAUGUUUAGGAAGAGUUAGGGGUCAGGACAGCACCCAGACUGGGAGUUGGCUGGGAAAUGGGUGUCGGGUUACCCCGUUCCCGCCGAGUCUCCAAGCUGUCGCCUGUUGCAACCCCUCCUCCCAGCUUCUUUCGGAAGUGGCUUUAAUUUUGUGGAGGAUCACAGAUUUGUGGGCAGGGGUCUUCCAGCGCAACGCCCUCGUUUUACAGGUAGAGCCAGACUGGUAGCUGAAAUUUCUUUUUCCUGAUGAGUUCUGGAUAAUUUUUUGAUUUGGGUUGGUCCGACCAUGGCUUUACUUUACAAGCUGCAAACUGGCAUUCAUUUUCCUAAAUUAUAUUCAGAUGCUGCACGAUGCUUUCUGUCGGGGCCUUUAUUUGCUGGCUAUACCUCCAGACUGUACAGUAGUAUUGAAAAAGCAGAGUCUGCUUCGGGCAGAUCUUCCCCCAAGGGAAAGACUCAAGGUGGAUUGGAAAGACAAAGUAAGGGUGAGGUUAGUUUAGAUAUAAUUUCACCCAAGGAAAAGGUUGAAAUUAAUUUUGACAAAGCAAUUAGGACUGAGAUAAAGGACCAUUUUAAACUUUUAACAAAGGAAUUGGUAGACUAUUGGGUAGGACCCGAAGGUCGCCCUUUGCAUGAAGUUUUACUGGAAAAUACUAGAGUAAUGUGGCAAUUUCGCAGUAACGAAGAUUUGGAUAAAUGGCUAGUGACUUCUGACAGGACAAUGGGAGGCAGAAGCAAAGCCUUCCUGAAGAUGGCCAGCAGUAACCAAAGCGCACUCUUCUAUGGGAUUCUCAAUACCGAAAUUCCUCAUGAUGGGGAGACCCAGCGGAGUGGAUACUGUUCAAUGACAUCCAGGAUUCCAAGGGGUGCUUUUGAAAGGAAGAAGUAUUAUGAUUGGUCCAAUUUUAAUACUCUGUAUCUCCGUGUGCGUGGGGAUGGUAGGCCCUGGAUGGUGAAUAUCAAAACAGACACCGACCUGGUUCAUAAAAGUCAUCAUUUGCAUAGUUACUUCAUGUUCACGCGUGGGGGGCCAUAUUGGCAAGAGAUCAAGAUUCCAUUCUCCAAGUUUUUUUUCUCCAGUAAGGGAAGGAUCCAGGAUGGACAGCAUCAGCUUCUCACAGACCAGUUAUCCAGGUAACCAGAGGACUGUAUGAGGACUUAGUUGACAUACCAACAAUUCAUUGUGGAAACCAGAAGCAGAUCUUCUGAAGCAGUUUCAGCUCACAUCAGCUUAUCUAGAGACUCUUUCCUGCCUUUGUCUUGCUGUUUAUGCUGGAGGCUUGAAUGAAUGGAAUGAGGAACCCAAGAUUCCUGAUUGUGCAAACAUCUCUUUUACCAGGAAGAAAUGAGGCUAUAAAUCUUACCUGUAUCCCCCUAGAACUGUGAUUCUGCUGUUUA